UCCCAUCGGGCCCCGGGCCCCGCAAUGGCUGAUGGGAGAUGAAGGCCGAGAGGAACACUACCACUCCCAUGGUGCUGCAGGACUCGCGAUUGCUGAUAAGACGUUGCUAAAUUACCCACAAUGCACUGCACCUCGUCUUUUCUGCCCCGCGUGUGGGGGCUGGGGUGGAGGAGUCCGCGGUUAAUCCGCUCCUCGCUCCCCUCAUCCUACCCGGCCUGGCAGCUGUCUGGGACCGAGGCCGCCAUGAGCAAGCGGAAGGCGCCGCAGGAGAGCCCCAACGCGGGGAUCACGGACUUCCUGAGCGAGCUGGCGAACUACGAGAGGAACGUGAACAGAGCCAUCCACAAGUACAACGCGUACAGAAAAGCAGCUUCUGUAAUAUCCAAGUAUCCAAGCAAGAUAAAAAGUGGAGCUGAAGCAAAGAAGCUGGAAGGAGUAGGGGCUAAAAUAGCUGACAAGAUUGAUGAGUUUUUAUCCACUGGAAAACUACGUAAGCUUGAAAAGAUUCGACAGGAUGAUACAAGCUCAUCUAUCAAUUUCCUGACCCGAGUUAGUGGCAUAGGCCCUUCUGCAGCUAGGAAGCUUGUAGAUGAAGGGAUAAAGACAUUGGAAGAUCUAAGGAAAAAUGAACACAAGCUGAAUCAUCAUCAGCGAAUUGGGCUAAAAUAUUUUGAAGACUUUGAGAAAAGAAUCCCUAGAGAAGAGAUGUUACAGAUGCAGGAAAUUGUAUUGAAAGAGGUUAAGAAACUGGACCCCGAAUAUAUUGCUACAGUCUGUGGCAGUUUCAGGCGAGGUGCGGAAUCAAGUGGGGAUAUGGAUAUUCUCCUGACCCAUCCAAGUUUUACUUCUGAAUCGACCAAACAGCCAAAGCUUUUGCACCAAGUUGUAGAACAAUUGAAAAAAAUCCACUUUGUCACUGACACGUUGUCAAAGGGUGAUACGAAAUUCAUGGGUGUAUGUCAGUUGACAGGCGAAGAAGAUGGAACCAAUUAUCCAUACAGGAGAAUCGAUAUCAGGCUGAUCCCCAAGGAUCAGUAUUAUUGUGGAGUACUGUACUUCACAGGCAGUGACAUAUUCAAUAAGAACAUGAGAACUCAUGCCCUAGAAAUGGGCUUCACAAUCAACGAGUACACAAUCCGGCCCUUGGGAGUUACUGGAGUUGCUGGGGAGCCCCUCCCAGUAGAGAGUGAAAAGGAUAUCUUUGACUACAUACAGUGGAAGUAUCGAGAGCCAAAAGAACGGAGUGAAUAACUUGCAUUCAUAGGUUUACUAGCUAGUGCUCACUUAUUUUGUAGCUUUUAUGAAUAAUCAUCAGAGUCAAAGCUAGGUGCAUAUUUAUUGCUUGAACAUUACUUCAGAAGGUGUAUAUUACUGACACUGUUUUUAACAAUAGUUCCAUGGCACUAGAGUAAAAUAUGUUGUAAAAUUAAAUCACCUAGCAUUGCAACUUGAUUACUUUCCUUUUAUUCAAAAAUAUCUUUAAUACAGACGUGGUUUUUAUCUGAAUUUUAAUUAGUCCCUUUGCUAAGGUGCUAAGAUAAGUCUGCAGGGAAGAUGAGGAACCAAGCAGCUCCCUCACGAUAAAAUUCCUCCUAGAUUAAAUUGGGAAUUGGUCCAGAUUUUUGUCUUCUAAUAAUAAAUUAUAGUCUGCCUUUGUCUCCCUGGGAUACUGGAUAUCUGUGUUUAGAAAGCACAGCUUUUGUUUUAUUACUUUCCCAUACAAUUUCCAUGGAAAAAUGUGGCUGCUCAACAAGGACAAUUACUAUUAGUGUAUUCAGUGGUGGCUUCUAAAUGAAGAUAUUGUGUUUGUCUUUCAUAAAAGUCAAUGCACUUGUCAUAAAUUAUAUUUAAAAUAGUCACCCUGUGAAUAGAUUUAUGGGUGGCCAAGUUAGGUGCAAAAUAAUGAAGAAAAGUCACACUAUCCCCUCUUGUCUCUGACAGUAACAGCAUUAGUCCAUGGGGUCGCUCUCUCUGCGUAAAGAAAACUGCAUUUUAAUUUUGAUACAUUUCCCUGAAGUGCUGCAAGUCAAAGGUCAAAUCUGCAGACUUCACAACCAUAAUAAACUUUAAAAAGCUGAAAA